ACGAUUCGGUGUCGUGAAGAAGAUUUGUUUUCCAGUGACAGCAUCCAGUGUUUUUAUUGCACCGUCGUCAAAAAAAUAAUAAAGUUGCGAACAAUACGCUUAAACACAACUUGGGAAUCAUUUAGACAAAGGCGAAAACUCCUUCCUGAAAUGUGCCAGGAGUGCUACGGUAGUUAGCGGUUGUUAGCUUCGCGCUAAUAAGAUGUGCAGCUAUGUCAUUUAACAGUUAGCUGGCGCUCUGCGAAGUGAGGGGAAUCGAUUGGUCUCAAAGAGACAGGACCUAUUUAAAAGAAUGGAUGUCGACGACGACGUGCCUCUGAUUUUGACCUGGGACGAAGCAAAUAGCGGUCUGUUCAAUGAGGAACCAGAGAGGACAGACGAGAAUGGAGGUGCAGGGAACUAUGACAUAGUAAACAACGCUGUGAUGUCAACACCUGGACCACAAAACCACAGGUCACAGAAUGUGUCAUUACGUCAAAGCUGGGAGAUGAACUACCAAGAGGCUGCUAUUUACCUGCAGGAAGGUGAAAACAACGACAAGUUCUUUUCUCACCCGCGAAACCCAAAGGCGCUGGCCGCCUAUUUGUUUGCCCACAACCAUGCGUUCUACAUGAUGGAGCUGCUGACCGGCCUCAUGUUGCUGAUGCUCUCUCUCUGUGAAGCUCCUGCUGUGCCUUCACUCCGUCUUGAUGUCUAUAUUCAUGCCACGCUGGAACUGUUUGCUUUGGUCAUGGUGGCGUUUGAGCUCUGCAUGAAACUCCGCUGGCUCGGCUUUCAUACCUUCAUCAGACACAAAAGGACCAUGGUUAAGCUGUCUGUGCUGUUGCUUCAGUUUGUGGAAGCCAUCGUGGUGCUGAUCAGGCAGACGUCACACAUGAGAGUGACCAGAGCCCUGCGCCCCAUUUUCCUGGUGGACUGUAGAUACUGUGGUGCCGUACGAAGAAACCUGCGGCAAAUCUUCCAGUCCCUCCCACCGUUCAUCGACAUCCUCCUGCUGCUGUUGUUCUUCAUGGUUAUCUUUGCUAUUUUGGGUUUCUGUCUCUUCUCAACAAACAAACUGGACCCUUACUUCAACACCCUGGAGAACAGCAUUGUCAGUCUGUUUGUUCUGCUGACCACAGCAAAUUUUCCUGACGUGAUGAUGCCGGCCUACUCCAAAAACAGCUGGUCUUGCAUGUUCUUCAUCGUGUACCUCUCCAUUGAGCUCUACUUCAUCAUGAACCUGCUCUUGGCGGUGGUGUUCGACACUUUUAAUGGGGUGGAGAAGAUGAAGUUCAAAUCCCUUCUGCUUCACAAGCGCUGCGCCAUCGACCACGCCUUCCAGCUCUUAGUUAGCCGGCAGAGACCGAUGGGCGUGUCGCUGAAGCAGUUCGAUGGCUUGAUGCGUUUCUACCGGCCACGCAUGUCGGCCAGAGACCGCUUCCUCACUUAUAAAGCUCUGAAUACCUCCGGGGCUGCGAUGCUCAGUCUGCAGGACUUUUACAAGUUCUACGAGGUGACUGGCCUUAAAUGGAAGGCUCGCCGCAGUGGAGAGCACUGGUUCGAUGAUCUUCCACACACAACGCUGAUCAUUUUCAAAGGCGUCAACCUCUUGGUGAAGUCCAAGGCCUUCCAGUACGCCAUGUAUGUGGUGGUGGCCGUCAACGGGGUGUGGAUCCUAGCUGAGACGUACAAGCUGAACGGUGGAUUUGCUGAGUCUAAAUUUGUUCCCUGGAGUUACAUUAUCUUCCUUACCAUCUACGGUGUGGAGGUCCUGCUGAAGUUGGGCGGUCUGGGACCCAUGGCGUACUUCAGCUCCGGCUGGAAUCUGUUCGACUUCUCUGUGACCGUGUUCGCCUUCUUGGGUCUGAUCGCGCUGGCCUUCAACAUGCAGCCGUUCUACUUCAUCGUGGUGCUCCGACCUCUCCAGCUGCUGCGGUUAUUUAAGAUAAAGCAAAGAUACCGGAACGUUCUGGACACCAUGUUCGAGCUGCUCCCCAGAAUGGCCAGCCUGGGCUUGACCCUCAUCAUCUUCUACUACUCCUUCGCCAUCGUGGGGAUGGAGUUCUUCGCAGAUGUGGUGUUCCCCAACUGCUGCAACACCAGCACUGUGGCGGACUUUUACCGACAGGGCAAUGCCACCAUCGGCAACACUACAGUCCUGAAAGAGGGCUACUACUAUCUCAACAACUUCAACAACAUUCUCCGCAGCUUUGUGACCCUGUUUGAGCUGACGGUGGUCAACAACUGGUACAUCACAAUGGAGGGCGUGACCUCGAUGACCAGCCACUGGAGUCGCCUUUACUUCAUGACUUUUUACAUUGUUACCAUGGUGGUGAUGACCAUCAUCGUGGCUUUUAUUUUGGAUGCGUUUGUCUUCCGCAUGAACUACAGUCGCAAGAACAAAGAAACAUUUGAAAACUCGGAGGAAGAGAAUGGUAUCAUCUAUGAAGUGGAGGUGAGUCGAGAUGAAGUCCUGGCCACGCUGGACUUCUACAAACAGAGCAGUCCGUCCUCUCUGAGCUCCCUGCACAAAGUCCUGCAGGCGAUAGACAGGAAUGAGCACCUGUCGUUGGUCUACCAGGGUCGGAGGUCAAGAACGAAGAGUGACCUCAGCAUGAAGAUGUACGAGGAGGAGAUGGAGGAGUGGUAUGCAGAGUAUUCCAGGGAGAACCAGUCCCAGCUGGACCCAAGCCUGGAACCAGAUCUUGACAGUCUCAUCCCGGCCCCUCAGACUGGACCUCACCACAUUGACUGAUGUCAUAUAGAUACUUUAACCAAACCUGAACUGACCGGGCGGCUGAGAAGCGCGACUCGGAGCGGAGCUCUUUACUAGCACAGUAAUUGUACAUGUCUGUAAAUGAAACCAGAUGCCUUAGUUUAGUUUAGUCAUCAGUAUUAACAGCAGUGUAAAUGUCCUUAUUCCUAUUGGCUCAGCACACUCCUGAUGAAAUAUUCUACUUUUAUAUUCUGUAUUUAACAGCCUGAAGGAGUUUUAAUAAACUGUUUUAAUUUUUUA